UCGUAGAAAUCUGUGAGAGAAAAGGAGUGGUGAUUACACUGUCUUUCCCAAAAAAAUACGUUUUUUAUAUGGUUCUAGGUCACCUAGAGACUUGUACUCCUAAUAUGUGAUACAGAUAGUGAUACCCGUUAAUGUGUAGCGUUUGCAGUGUCGAAAAACAUUGUUAAAUGUAUUAAUUAACGAUGUAAACGUUUAUCAUGACGUUUACUAUGAUAUUCGCGUGUGUGCGUGUGUACUCAACGUGACGGCAUUGCUGUUAGCUGCCGAACCGACUCUUUAACGGAAUAAGUAACUUGGAUGUUGAUUUUGUUCUAAAUACGGAAAAGGCGCAUUAACUGUGAAAAUCAUCAGACAGAUCAAGAUGGCCGGGCAGAUUGCGCGCCAAAAGCGACGCGGGCGCCAUCUGUCACGAAACGUCAGUUGGAACGUCUCGAACGGAUUUAAAUAGUGAUUAGACGUAACAGUGUAGUGUUGUGAUAGUGAUGUGAUAGUGUAGUGUUGUAAGUAUGUCUGAGGAGCGUUCGCGGAGGUUGUCGCAGAUCUUCGACCCGCUAUCGAGGUUCACCGACCAUAGCGGGGCGGGGCACUCUGCCAGCACGCCGAAUAGUCCUCGCUUGAUGCCGAGGAGGGCGAGGGAAACACCCCCACCACCGCCAAGACCUUUCGCCCAUUCCUCGCGGCUGGACCCCUUGGAGUACGAGCUAGCUGCAGCUGAAGAUUCAGUGAAUUGGCAGGAGCGAUGUCUCGAACUGCAGCUCGAGUUGCACAGGAGUCGGCACCAAGCGACGCGCGUUAGAGAUAUGCUGAGAGAUAAGCUCUCGGAGCUCGAGCAGAGAGUGCUGGAGGCCGAGGGCAGGGCGGAAGAGGCAGAAGACAAGGUCCGCGCCAUGGAGCAGCGGCUGUGCGAGUGGCCGGCGGGCGCUGAAGGUGCUCCCAAAGCCAUCUCGAGGCUUGAAGGCCAAAUAGAAGAACAGAAGCAGCUGCGACUUCAGGACGCAAAACAAGUUGAGGCAAAAGCCGCUCGUAUAAAAGAGUGGGUUACAAACAAACUACGGGAAUUGGAACAACAAAAUCAGCUACUUAGAGAACAAAAUGACCGGUGCAAUCAACAAUUAGAAUUAUUAAGGAACCACAUUGCGGCACAGGGUAGUAGGAAUUGCACGCAGUUUCUACCCUCUCGGGCAAGCUUAUCACUAGAAGUGAGAACAGAAGACUCUACUCAUGCAACGAGUCUUUUAGCAUCAAACCGACGACGCUCUGAAAGUCUAGAGGGUCCCCAGCUGCCUCUGACAACCUCAGAGCCCCAUUACAGUACGCCGGUGCGGCACAGAAGAAACUUAUCCAUCGGAACAACGAAUUUGACGCAAACUAAUGUCACACAAAUAAACACUAUGAAUAGGACAAUGGACGAGCGGACUACUGCGAGUCUGCUGGCUGAUGAUUUAGCGGCCGCAGUAGAAAAUUUAGUAGUACUUCCAACAACACCAAAUACAUCCACAGAUGGUGAUACAACUCAUGACUACGCUGAGAUCUAUACACCAAGUAGAGAACGAACACCAGCUUGGCAAGGAAACGUCAACGUAGUGGUACAAGGCAACAGCCGUGGAGGUUCUUCCACUGGAGACAGUUCCACAUCAGAAAACCCGCGGCCUCCCACACCCCCGCUGCACAGGUUUCCCAGCUGGGAGGCUAAAAUAUACCAGGUAGCGGACGACGGCCUACAACAAUCGGUAGAAGAAGAAUUAAGUCCGCCUCCCUGUCCGCGAGCAAUGCAUGAGUCAACCAGCUAUCAAGAUAUCUCUGUGCCUGUAUACGCUACUGUUAAAGGGAGAGCUAGUCAAAUCCGAUCUAUGCCAUUCACGGGCGAUUCGUCUGAUGAUUCUUCCGAUGGCGAGGAAUCUAUGGGCGUCACUGUACACAACACCCCGCAUCACAACCCUGCUCUUGGCCAAACGUCCCAGCUGCCGAUCAACAAUGUGAACCUGACGAGCAUCCUGCCAGCCUCGAUACAGCAAACGUCGGGGCACGCGCUUGUAUUGAACAACACGAACGGCCAGUGCAGCUCGUCGGACACCAGUCUCAGUGCUAGCAGUCCGUCGAAAAGUGUCAAGACCAGCUCGAGUUUGAGUCCGGCGAAGCGCUCCAGCAGCGGGUCGCCGAGUAAACAGAGCAAAACCAGAGGUAAUUACACGUCGUUCGAGUCGGGCAUGUCGGACGACUACGCGGUGCCGCCGGACGCGCUGGGCGAGCCGGCGCGCGACUCGCCGCGCCGCCACGACGCGCUCGAGAAGAGCGGCCACCUCGCCAAGCUGGGCGGCAAGCUCAAGACCUGGCGCAAGCGCUGGUUCGUGCUAAAGAACGGCACGCUCUCGUACUGGAAGUCGCAGUCGGAAGUGAGCCGCAAGCCGCAGGGGCAGAUCGGGCUGGGCGAGGCGUGCCGCAUCUCGCGCAACGACGGCGCCGCCACCUUCGAGAUAUUCACCGGGAGCCGAACCUACUACCUCACGGCGGACAGCAUCGCCACCAUGGAGGACUGGAUCAGGGUGCUGCAGAACGUACAAAGGCGAAACGCAACAAAACUCCUGCUAAGCAAGGAAGACAAUAAGCCCACGAUACAGGGCUGGCUCACCAAAGUCAAGAAUGGACACGCUAAGAAGAGUUGGUGCGUGUUACUGGGGAAAAUGUUCCUGUACUUUAGGUCACCUGGAGACCAGAAUCCCACAGGCCAAAUAAACAUGCGCGACGCGCGCGUGGAGGACGUGGAGCACGUGUCCGACUCCGACUCGGAGGAGAAGAACGACGACGCGAGGAAACACCUCACCGUCGCGAUAUAUCCGCAGCAUCAGGGACCAACCUACCUUCUAUUCGAAUGCAAAGCGGAUAAGGACUCGUGGCUGUACCACUUGACUGUAGUGAGCGGGGGCGGGGGCAGUCAGGGCACACACUUCGAGCAGUUGGUGCAGAAGCUUAUGGAAACUGAUGGUGAUCCUAAUUGUGUGCUAUGGAGGCAUCCGACAUUAUUGUAUUCGAAGGAAAACAUCACUUCACCACUAACCACACUUAAUUCUGAAGCACUACAAGCAGAAGCGCUCAAAUUGUUUAAGUGCGUGCAGCUGUUCAUGUCGGUGGCCGUGGAGCAGGCGGGCAUCGACUACCACGUGGUGCUGGCGCAGAACGCGCUGCAGCAGUGCCUGGAGGUGGCGGAGCUGCAGGACGAGCUGGUGUCGGCGCUGUGCAAGCAGUCCGCGCCGCACGCGCCGCCCAAGCACGCCGUACAGGUACCGAGAAAACUGAACGCAGCAAAGCUUAAAACACAACUGCUGCUGUGUGCGACCCAGUCGUUGUUCACUUGCGACACGGGCGCGUCGUCCGUGGCCGGCGACAAGGGAGACAUGCCGCAGCCGGCUGGCUCGCCUAGCUCCAUACAGGCACCAUUAUUAUCAGUGGAUUGUAAAAGCAAUCCUCCGACAUACAGUUUCAUACAAGGCUGGCAGCUACUGGCCCUCGCGGUCAGUCUCUUUGUGCCGAGGAACAAUAGAUUGCUGUGGUACCUCAAGUUGCAUUUGAGCAGGCAUUCGGAUACAAAAACGGAAUGUGGUAAAUACGCGGCAUAUUGUGCGCGUGCGCUCGAGCGUACUAUACGUAAUGGUGGACGCACAGACAAACCGUCGAGGAUGGAAGUGUUAUCUAUAUUGUUGAAAAACCCCUAUCACCAUAGCUUGCCACAUGCUAUACCCGUUCAUAUGCUCAAUAAUACCUAUCAGGUGAUAAGUUUCGACGGAUCGACGACGGUAGAAGAGUUCCUAUCGACACUAAGUUCGGAGUUAGGCUGUCGGGAGUCAUCCGCGUCUGGCUUCGCUCUGUUUAGCGACGACCCCAUCGAGAAAGAUCUAGAACAUCACAUAAAGCCGGAUAAGAAGCUGUGCGACGUGAUAUCCCGAUGGGAGACCGCGCUCCGAGAGAAAGGUUCGGGAAAGUUCGAGAACUCUCGCGUCAUCCGCCUCACAUACAGGAACAGGCUCUACUUCAAGGGGUCCGUGCGAACCGAGACGGACAAGGAGCGGCUGUUGCUCUGCUAUCAAAUCAACCAGCAAGUGGUGGCCGGGCGGUUCCCGGUGACGCGCGAGCUGGCGGCCGAGCUGGGCGCGCUGAUGGCGCAGCUCGACAUGGGCGACUUCUGCCCCACCAACUCGCAGCACGCGCACCCGCUCGCGCACCGCUUCUACCCCUACCGCUACCGCGCCGCCACCAACGAGCUGAGAGACAUUGAAGAAAAACUGCGAACAAAAUGGACGGCGCUGAAGGGCCGCAGCACGGCGGACUGCGUGCGGAUAUACCUCAACUGUACCAGGAAGUGGCCCUUCUUCGGAGCUACUCUCUUCCAAGCCAGGAUAAAGCAGCCAGAUUUGUCUAUGGCGUGGCUAGCGGUAUCUGAAGACGGUGUGGCGGUGCUAGAACUGGCCUCAAUGUCGGUUAUAGGCCGGUACGCGCUCAACUCAAUCGGCCUGUUCGGUGGCUUGCAGGACGACCUGAUGAUGCUUAUAGACGCCGAGGAUUCAACCAGCCCCGUUCACAAGAUGUUGAUCAGUCUCAAUAAACCUAGAAUGGUCGAGCUCACGCAUCUAAUAGCGGACUACAAGAACACACUACGGCCGACUCAUCCGGGCACACCGCAAAUGAACUCACUCACUCGCACCGGAAGCCACCGGAUCCGGAAACCAUCCACAAUGCCGCACUCUUCACCAUCCACUAUGCCGCACAUGCACCAUACGCACACACACACACUAAACUCAAACACCACAAUGACACUAGGUUCUGAUAGGAACGCCACGUUGACACUAAGCUCGCACACGUCGACAUUUAACCAACAUUUGGACGCGAGGGUGCUGUCGCACGGACAACCGGAUAUAUUGAAAUCAACACCGGAUCAUAAGAAACGAGCGCACACGCAGGAUGGCGUCGCGUGAAAUAUAUACAAAAAAAAGAAUUCUAGAAGUCAAAUUUGAUCUUUAAAUAAUUUAUUCUGUCGUAAUCUUAAUAGAAAACUCAAUAUAAAUAAAAUUCUUCG